AUGACUACCUACCUCUUCAAUCACCUCUUCAACUGGAAUGAUGGUCCAGAAUAUCCAAAUGCGCCGGCAUGGACCUCGAUACUGCUACGCCAAGACAAUGAAGCGGAGCUAUCAACGGCAUCUGUCCGCGCUUUAGCUACGGUCUAUUUUGCCAAGGUCAACAAACAACACCAGCUGAUGCGAAAGGGCGUAUGCUUCUAUUCUUCUGCUCUUCGGACUCUGCAGGCAAAACUUCAGCGUCAAGACCAGGCCGUGGGCGAUGAUGUCUUCGUUGCGAUCAUUUGUCUCGCUAUAUAUGAGUUGAUAACCCUUACCCAACCCAAAGCCUGGCUUUCUCAUUAUGAAGGACUGGCUAGACUGUGUAUUGGAUAUAUUGUGGAGCGAAAACGAUGUUUCCUCGAAGAUCUCGCCUGGAAAACUAUACCGUGGGCCGAACGAGGUCUUGAUUCAAAAACACCCACGGACUUGCUGCAUGAUAUUAUGUGCGAUGUUCCCGGUAUAUUACAGGACCAAAGCGAGGCCAUAUUACAGGAUCAUAAUGCCCCCGGCAACGCAGAGCUUACAUCCGGCUUUGUACCAAAAGUACUCUCGACCCUCGAAGCCCUGUACUCCUGGCGCUGGGAUUGGGAAGCACAAUUCCCGAACUCGACAUUCAUCACCCAACCGCCCGACUACAUAUAUUCGGGUGUAUCAUCUCUACCGCCAAGUCCAUUUCAAACGGUGAUCUGGUUCCGAGAUCCACACCGUGCCGUCGAGCUCAUCGUUUACAAUGCAUUGCGUCUCAUUCUCAUAAGAUCUCUUCAGAUAGCAGGCGUUGAUCCGGAUCAUGCUCGACUUGAAGGCUCCAAUGACCCGCUGCUCCCAAUGCAGGGGAACAGAAAUGACAUAGCAACCGAGAUAUGUCGGAUGGUCGAUUACCAUCUGCACUGUUUGAGAAGCACUGGGGCGUUCAUGCUGUUGUUCCCUCUUAACGUUGCUUAUAUACACUUGGACGAGACAUCGACUCAGUCUCGGCAUUGGCUGGAUAGAGUCAUGGCGAAUAUAGCUGACUCGCAUGGCUUUGAAGUUGGCAGGUCGGAGAAUAUGCCCAGGAAAUGGGCCGAUGUUCGUGGCGGGAUGUGA